AUGCGCAUUUCUGAGCGAGCCUUCAUGGAUAUCGCCAUCGGGACCAAAGCACCGCGGAGGAUCGUCUUUAAACUCUUUCCGCGGAAGUGCCCAUCAGCUGUGAAGAACUUUAUUGAACUCUGUAGUGGAAAUGUCUCGACGGACACAUAUGAAUCGGGGAACAGGGAUAAACUGAUAUCGGAGAGCGCCCUUCCGCAGCUCACGUACAAAAACUCCACUUUCCACCGUGUGGAGAAGGGGUAUUUAAUUCAGGGAGGUGAUAUUGUAACGGGGCGAGGGACGGAACAGCUUUCUAUCUAUGGUGGUACUUUCAGCGCCCCGGAGGAGGUGAGGGCCUCUGUCUUCGACAAACCCGGUCUGGUCGGCACGGCUUCCAGCUCGCCGAACGCGCACGGCUCGCAGUUUUUCAUUUUGACUGCGAAGGAAGCCAAUCACUUGAACGGGACGUGCAUAUGUUUCGGCCAGGUCGCUGAUGGGCUUGAUGUUGUUCAAGAGAUUGAACAGGUUCCUAUUGACCCAUCAGGGUUUCCGUCCCUUAAGGUGUCUAUUGUGGAUUGUGGGGUAUUGGAAUGA